AUGAGUCCGACAUCGAGGUUGCAGAGCAGACGGCCUACGCGGUCUUCGCUGGCUUGUCUUCCUUGCCGUUCGCGACAUUCGAAAUGCGACGGGUCUCGUCCGUGUUGCGCUCGCUGCGCUGAAGCUGGCAGGGACUGCUGCUAUGCUCCCUCACGGCGCGGUGGACUGGACCGCGCAGCGCUGGCAGAGCGUCGCAAAAGACUCUCAGCGGCAGAUGGCCCUGGAGGCACUUCAUCUGCUAACGGCUCGAGUCCACAACGUGCUGUCCAAGCCGCUGGGGUCGACUUCUCCCCGGACUCGGUCCUGCUCGAUCCUACCAUGAGUGGUAAUGGCACCUCAAAUGCUCCAUUGAUAGUAGCGAGUCCAGCUCAGAUUAUCAACAUCGAGGACGAUGCCCUGAUUGAUGCUUACUAUAAGAAGUUUCAUAAAUCGCAUCCCUUCGUUUUACCGCGGAAGCACCUCGCAAAGAUGUACCAAGACCUGGGCAGACAGCCCCGGUUCACGCCACUCAUUGCAGUUCUACGCUUCAUCGGGGAUCUUUAUACCUCGAAGAGUUGGUCAAUCCCGCUGCAGGAGUACACCGAGACCUGCUUUGCACAGGCGGCUCCGUCCGACCCCAUCAUGGUCCAAUGUCGCCUUCUAUACUCGGUGGCUCUCUUCUGGCACGACUACAAGGCCGAUGCCAAAAGGGAAAUGGACCGUGCAACCAAGCUGGCCAUUGAUCUCCAAAUGUUUCGCCAAGAGUUUGCAGCGUCGCAUGGAGCCGAUGACCCCGUGCUGAAGGAAAGCUGGAGGCGAACCUGGUGGAUGCUGUUCAUCGUAGAUGCGUACUACGCCGGUACUCUGGGGACGAUGAACUUGACGGUUGUGGACAUUCCUGCUACUGUCGAGUUACCCUGUGAAGAGUCCGAGUACGAGUCUGGGGUUAGUCAUAGCCACAUCGCAUUCUCUCACCCGGUCUCGUGUAGACCUAAAAAGCUGACGCGAUUACAGAAUAUUCCCCAGCCGAAAACCCUUGAGGAGUUCAACUGCCGCGAAUUCAGCCCUGAGGGCACCAAGUUCUCCUCCUUUGCGUAUCUGAUCGGCGCCGUCCAAUGCGCAGCAUCUGCAAUAUCGGUGGCGCCGAAGACCGCCGUCAAAGAAGACUCGGCGCGUGUCAUCCAAGCCGCCGACUGCAGUCUCGACGGGUGGCGGCUUCUACUACCGGCGGAUUCCAAGCAGGUCAUGACCGAUACGGGGGAAAUUGACGAGCUCAUGUUCCAAGCUCACCUGCUAGUUCAUGUCGCAACGAUCGGCCUGCACCGGCCCUUUUCCACCCUCAAAUUCAAUGCAAUCGAGGACGUUUCCAGCUGUGCCCGAGAAGCACCCCUGGAUACCCCUACCCCGGAUCUUGUCAAUGUACACACCGUCCGAGUCCUGCGGUCUGCAGAGGCACAAAUCCGCCUCCUUGCCCUACCCGUACGAGAAUUCUGCCACAGCCCGUUUACCACCUGCAUGGUCAGCGAGGGGACGCUGGCGCUGCUUUCGGCCUGCAAGUUCCUGUUCAAGGGCAAAGAUCUCGCAAUCGCACGAGAUCAGAUCCGGAUGACGAUCGGCUGUCUCAAGGUCCUUGGCGAGGUAUGGCCGAGAACAGCGAGAAAUGUUCGCGAGCUCCAGACGAUUGGGCAGUAUGUGCUCGGGGUUGGGUCUAGGGAAAGCAACAGUGAUGCGUCGAAUCCCACCCCAGGGUUGCAUGCUCUGCAAGGCGACGGAAGUCGGAGUUCUAGUACGAAUGUUCUCAGCAGCGACACCGAUAUUCUUUCUUCUAUCAGCUCUAUCCAGGAUCUCUGUGGAUGGUAUGGUCUGGGUGAUCUGCCGGAUCUCCCGUGGGGGAUUGGUGAUGGGUUGUAA